AUGGCUCGCCUAACGCUGCUUCUGGUGCUCGGCUUGGCACUCGUGGUGAAGGCGUCGCCCUACGGCGACGACUACGGCUAUGGCGGCCACCACGACGACGGAAAUGACGAGUGGGACGACUUCCAGAAGGUCUUGGAAAGCGUACCUAAGGACGUCCGUGCACUGGUCAAGGCUGCUGUGGACUACCUGCGGUGGCGCCGCGUCCCCGCCAGGAAGGCGUUGGCGUACGCCUUGCAGGGUAUCCGGGUCCUUCUGAGACUGUGGGCAAAAAUACUGCAUAAGGAAAAGGACUUCGGCCAUGACAUCAGUUCGCUGGACGAAGCCAAGAAAGAGGCACGUCACUCCGUGCCCUGGGCGGAUAAGGAACUGAAGGAGGCAGAAAAGAAGUUCCCUGACCUGGUUGGCUGCCUCGUCAAAAUUGUGACUGGCUUAGUGGACACACUCACAGGAGCUCUCGGGGGCCUCGGCGGCAAGGGCAAACACGGCGACCACGGCGGACACGACGGUCACGAUGGCUGGGACCACGACGGCCACGGCGGCCACGGCGGCCACGGGCUCACCGACGGCCUGCCUCUGGGAAAGGGCGGCCACGGCCCAGGUGGCGGUUUGGCGAUUCCAGGCGAUCUUGCCGGCAAAGCACACGGCGCCACCGGUUACGACGUAGGUGGCCUACUGGGCCGGUGA